AUCCGGGGUCACAUCGGUCUUCCGGGUGUUUCUGACAGUGCUUUCUAUGCUACUUUUUGGUCUUCCGCCUCUUGCCACCGCUUUCAAUCUCCUACACCUUGUUGGCUUUGCCUCUUCUUGUGUCUCUCCUCCCCGGCCGCGGAGUUCGGAGUUUAGAAACUAAUCCGGUUCCGGAACCGGGCCUAGCCAUUCCGCGGACCACUACCUCUGGCUCAGGCGAAAGCUGCGAUCUAGUGCGCGGGUCUGUCGUCGCUCCGGCCUUGGAGCUCCUGGGCGGGCAGUGCCGGUAGGCCCUGCCCCAAGGACACCUGUGGUUUUGACAGGGAGUGAGCAGGAUUUACGAAUUGGACUAUUUGCACUGUGGAAAAAAGAAGCAGAAGAAUACAUGUUCACUUUUAGUGAACAGGAGUAUGUUCCCAAACUCAAUUUUGGGUCGCCCACCUUUCACGCCAAACCAUCAGCAACAUAAUAACUUCUUUGCUCUGUCACCAGCUCUUUAUUCACACCAGCAGCUUAUCGAUGCCCAGUUCAACUUUCAGAAUGUAGACUUGUCUAGAGCUGUGUCGUUACAGCCAUUGACAUAUGGAAAUGUCAGUCCAAUACAGACUUCAACUUCCCCAUUAUUUCGAGGAAGGAAGAGAUUAAGCGAUGAAAAAAACCUUCCUCUUGACGGUAAACGGCAGCGUUUCCAUUCACCCCACCAAGAGCCAAUUGUAGUUAACCACAUAGUGCCUUUAUCAAGUGAAAGAAGAUAUCCAGUGCCACCAUUGUUUCAUACAACAAACUACAUACCAGAUAUAGUCAGAUGUGUGCCAGCUGUUCGAGAAAUAUCAAUUUUAGAACCUAGAGAAAUCACACUGCCUGAGGCCAAAGAUAAGUUGAGUCAGCAGAUACUGGAGUUAUUUGAAGCAUGUCAGCAGCAAGUAAGUGAUUUAAAGAAGAAAGAACUCUGUCGAACUCAGCUGCAGAGAGAAAUUCAGCUGUUAUUUCCACAAAGCAGACUUUUUUUGGUUGGGUCCUCUUUAAAUGGCUUUGGUACCCGGACAAGUGAUGGUGAUUUAUGUCUAGUUGUGAAAGAGGAACCAUGUUUUUUUCAGGUAAAUCAGAAGACUGAAGCACGGCAUAUACUCACCUUAGUCCAUAAACACUUCUGUACUAGACUUUCCGGCUACAUUGAGAGACCACAGCUGAUUCGAGCAAAAGUGCCAAUUGUUAAAUUCAGGGAUAAAGUCAGUUGUGUUGACUUCGACUUGAAUGUAAACAAUAUUGUUGGAAUAAGAAACACAUUCCUUCUUAGAACUUAUGCAUACCUUGAAAAUCGAGUUCGUCCGUUAGUACUGGUGAUUAAGAAGUGGGCAAGUCACCAUGAGAUAAAUGAUGCCAGUCGUGGUACUUUAAGCAGCUAUAGUCUUGUAUUGAUGGUUUUGCACUAUUUACAAACCCUACCUGAACCCAUCCUUCCAUCCAUCCAAAAAAUUUACCCAGAAUCUUUCAGUCCCACUAUACAGCUGCACCUUGUACAUCAGGUUCCAAGUGAUGUUCCUCCUUACCUCUCAAAGAAUGACUCAACUCUUGGGGACCUCUUACUGGGCUUUCUUAAAUAUUAUGCUACAGAAUUUGACUGGAACAGUCAGAUGAUUUCAGUUCGUGAAGCCAAAGCCAUUCCUAGGCCUGAUGGUAUUGAAUGGAGAAAUAAAUACAUCUGUGUAGAAGAACCUUUUGAUGGAACAAAUACAGCCAGAGCUGUACAUGAAAAGCAGAAAUUUGACAUGAUAAAGGAUCAAUUUUUGAAGUCAUGGCACAGAUUGAAAAACAAAAAAGAUUUGAACAGUAUACUACCUUUAAGAGCUGCUGUCCUGAAGAGAUGACUGGCCUCUAUUUCUUAAUAAAUUCUUCUGAGAAAUCAAGAACAGUAGUAACAUCAUAAAGCAUUUUGUUUACCUCCACCAUAGUUUCUUUUCAUUGUUUGUCUUCAUGUUUUAUUUUUAAGAGGACAUACUUAUAUAAAGACUGCUUAUUUUAUUAUGAUAUUUCCUAAUAAAACCCUUUGAUUUAAAGAUGUAUUUUUGAAAAUGUUUACAUUGAUGAUUAGUAAUAUUAUGGCAUGGAUUUUCAGGCAAUCAGAUAAAAUAUAUUUUGGGGAAUUAUCUGAACAAAUAAAAGGUUUUGAUAUAACUUCAAUUCAUUGUACCACAGGCUAAUACUGAAGAGAUUUGUGGGAUUUGGGGAAGUGUAAUCUACAGUAGAUGGUUUGUUGCCUGUCUGUUAUAGUAAAGUGAAGAUUCAAGUCAGUUACUCAGUUACUUGAAGCAAAACGAAAUCUUGUAUUUCAAUGAAAUCGCUGCAGAAGCAUGAAAUACUGGACAAUUGCCUUAAGUCUUCACUUGACUCACCAGAAUAGAGGCUUUGGGUGUGUCUGUAUUAGCAUUUCAUUAGUACCUCACAUGCUUUUGAUGUACUUUUGAGAUUGCUUUAAAUUUUUUGUAACAAAAGUACCUUUUGCACUGUAGUAAUAUAAUUGCUAACUCUGUAUUAUACAGCAGUUAGUUAAUUGUAUUAAAAAAUUAGUUCAGUGUAGACAUUUUGAAAAGAUUAAGUCUCCUGUGCUUUAUGGUAGCUUAGUGCAAUAAGCGCUUUAGCUUUACUUCCCAUUUUUGUGCUUUUAUUUUCCCUGUGACAUGAAGCAACGGAAAGUUAAAGAUCAAAGUGGAGAUUAUAUCCUGUUGAGUGUAUCAGAUUUUGUCUGCGUACAAAAUUAUAGGAUUGUAAUCUAAACUGGAAGUUUUAGGCAGUAAGCCUCUAUAAAAUGGUUUAAAGUAAGACAUAAAGUUAUUAUAAAUAAAAGCUUAAUGUUUGUAAAGAUAUCUUUUUUAGUGUUUCUUUUCCACAUGAAGAAUGGUGGCUGCUGAAAAAAGCUACAGUGUUUAUUAAGGUUGUUUAGGGGUUAUGUAAAUAUUUGUAAAUUGGUCAGGGAUUGUACAUUUAAAUAAGAAAAGUAAUCUUGGAAACAGUUUUAACUUUUCAAAAGGACUCUAUCCAACUUCUUUUAGACCUGCUGUAGCACAGUUUGUACCUCUAAUGUCUGGGGGCGGGGGGCGGGUGGUGCAGACCAGUUCAAAUGCUAAGACUUGCUUUUCUUUGACUUGUAAAAGGUGCAUAUUUUUAUUUUCUUCCUUAAGUUUAAAGUUUUGUAUUAUGUCAAAUGGAAUAAAGUUUAUAUAUGGAAAUUG